CUGUCGAAGCCGCGCGCCGCCGGAUCUGGGUCCGCGUUCUACAGCAGCGGCCACGCGCCGCUGGAUCUGGGCCCGCGUUCUGUUGCGUGUUUACGACCAAAUAUACCUAGAGGAGCUAUAAUCUUUGUUUACAACUAAGUCGCGAGAGUGCGUUGCAGCAGACGUGGAUCGCGGGCAGUGCUGCAGGUUGCAUAGUGCUCGCUCUCUCUCUCUCACUGCUCAACAAUGAAGAAUGACGGACGCUGCAUUGAUUAAAACCUUCCGGGUGCCAGCCCGGCACGGUUACGCAGUAGAAAUAUCUCCCUAUUUCCCCUCCAGAGUGGCCUGCGCUACCUCCCAGUACUACGGAAUCGCAGGAUGUGGAACAUUAGUGGUGUUGGAACAGACGGAAACUGGAAUUCACAUAUUCAGGAGUUUUGACUGGAAUGAUAGUCUUUUUGAUGUUACGUGGAGCGAGAACAAUGAACAUGUCCUGGUCACUGGUAGUGGUGAUGGAUCGCUGCAGAUAUGGGACACAGCAGGCCCUUCUGAACCCCUACAAGUCUUCAAAGAACAUACUCAAGAGGUUUACUGCGUGGAUUGGAGUCAAACACGAGGAGAACAUCUGGUUGUUUCUGGAUCGUGGGAUCAAACUAUCAAAGUAUGGGACCCAUUGGUAAAAGAUUCUCUUUCUACAUUUCGGGGACAUGAAAGUGUGAUUUACAGUACGAUCUGGUCACCGCAUAUACCAGGCUGCUUUGCCUCAGCUGCAGGUGAUCAUACUCUCCGAAUCUGGGAUAUAAAUACAGGAGGAGCCAGAAUAAUAAUUCCUGCUCACCAAGCAGAGAUCUUGACCUGUGACUGGAAUAAAUAUGAUCAGAACUUGAUUGUUACUGGAGCAGUUGAUUGCACUUUACGGUGUUGGGACCUAAGAAAUAUCCGGCAGCCAGUACAUCACCUUGCUGGCCAUUCCUAUGCCAUACGAAGAGUCAAAUUUUCACCCUUCCAUGCAAACAUAUUAGCAUCCUGCUCAUAUGAUUUCAGCGUCAGGUUUUGGGACCUUUCCAAGCCUGACUCAGUGCUUGAAACACUGGAGCACCACACAGAGUUUGUAUGUGGGCUUGAUUUCAGCAUGCAUAUCCCUGGUCAGGUUGCUGAUUGUGCGUGGGAUGAGACCGUGAAGAUCUAUAUUCCAUCUUGCCUCUCAGUUGAUCAUUAAAUUUGGCAUCACUGGACAUCAUGUUCUGUUUCCCAAAAGUACUGUUUGAUGUAUUUCUUUGUAUGCAGUUGUUUGAAACUCAGAGAGGGCAUUAGCUAUUUAGUGAAUUUGAAAAGUUCUAAAGUAAUAUAAUAUAUAUUCAGCUAAAUGUACAGUUUGAUGUCUCGGGCAUGUGCUGAGUAGCACUUAGAAGAAAUAUAUUUUUUCUUGCAUUUUAAUACCUUGUAAUUUAAAUUACUAUAAAGAUUAAGCAAUGUGAUCUACAAAUUUCCAUUUAAUCUGCCCAUCAUUCAGAGUAUUUGAGGAAAUGGUGGAUAAAAUUCAACAUUGUUAGUUAAUCUAUUUAUUUCUUGUGUGAAUUUAUUAGUGGCCAGCCAUUGCUAAAUUUUUGAAAGUAUAUGGCAAUCUGAACAUAUAUUUUGUACUUCAAUUUGUAUAUUUCUCCCUAAUGCUUGGGUCAACCAAGGGUAAAAUUGUUAUUCUUUUUUCUUUGGGACUUGAUCCAGACGGUGAAGAUAACACACUGCCUUAAGAUUACUGUGACCGGAUUCCUUUCAGGCUUUGAUGCAUGGAGGGACGUGGGGUUGCGAUUCAAGAUUAGCUUUAAUAGAAAAUGGGGACACAAGAAUCUGCUCAGUUUGAAGAAAGGUCCCGACCAAAACGUCAUCUGUCUCAGUCUGAAGAAGGUUCUCGAUCUGAAAUGUUGUCUGUCCAUACCUCCAUAGAUGCUGCCUGUCACUGAGUUCUUCAAGCACUUUGUCUGAUGUUCAAUAGAAAUUGAUUUGGAAUUGUUAUGAUCUGGGAUUUUAUCAACACUUUUUCAUUAUGAUUGAAUGGAGAAAAGAAAUCUUAAUUUAAACUCUUGCCUCAACAAGAACUUUUUGUUAUUCAGAAAUGAUUUUGUCCUGUCCCGUUCCAUUUACAGAUGUUGUCAUCGUUAACACUGACGUGAAGUGGAUAUAUGUUAAUAAGAAUCAAGGUGACUCACAUUUUCAGACUAACUUGUCCAUAUUUUUCUAAUUAUUAGAAACAACAAUUCACAUUUAUAAAGUAUCUUCAAAAUGGAAAA